CUUCGAGGCACCUAUUGUGGAAAGAAAUCCAUAAGCAGGUACCUUUCGUCUAGUCGCAAGGCCAUCGACUUGCUGCUUGAACAUACUUGAUUCAUUAGCAAAGAGAACUUGGCCGGAAUUUUAAAGAGAAAGUACUUUACAGGCAACAUGCUUAGUCGUUAACGAAGUGACAGAAGUUAGAAAAUUACUAUUAAAAUGAAUACAAAAAAUAAUUUAUUGUAUUAUUUAGGUGUAGUUUUAGUGAUUUUUAUUAGUUCUUCAGAAGGCCUUCAAAGAUGUUUCCAUUGUCGAUCAAGAGGUGAAUUGGGUAGCUGUAAGGACCCUUUUACCCAUAAUACUACGUUGGUAGAAAUGAAACGUGAAGUUGGAGUAGAAAUAGUUCCUUGUGCAUCUGGAUGGUGCGGAAAAAUCGUAGAAUCAGAAAGUUCUGCCAAAGAAGAAUAUGGUGUUGCAACACAGAGAGUGUGUCUUCAAAGAGGACCUUCAGAUCAUGAAGACAGGUGCGCUCAGACCAAGUGGAAUCAUAAAAGAGUCCUGAUGUGCUUCUGCAAGGGAGAUUUGUGCAAUUCUUCAGAUAAUAUAAAUGUAAACUAUUUGCUAUUAAUCAUUAGCGCUGUUAUUACUUUUAGGAUGGUUGUUUAAUUUGGUAUUUUGUAAUAUAUUUGUAUAUUUUUAAUAAAAUAAAAUAUUAUUUAUUGAUAUAA